AUGUUCCAUUAAUCGUAAUCCCUGAAUAAUCUGAGAAAGGAUUAUCGUUUAAAACCAUUAUAAAUAGCAGGACGAUAUCCUGAGAGUGCUGACUUUAACAACAAGUCAAAGUUCUUCUUACCACAGAUAAGAAUGAUAGAGUAGAGUAGUGUGUUUACAGAGAAAUAGAAGUAGCUACGACUACCUUAGUUAUAAAAUCAUUUGGCAGCAAGUGAUUAGCUCUAACGUAAGAAGAUUGAGAUAAGAAAGUCCAUAACACCAAAAUAUCAGAGGAGAUAAACAGCAAUUUAUGCAAUGAGAACUAAGGCAGGAUGCCAAAUUAAUAAGGCAACAAAAAUCAAUUAGGAUUCUGCCAUCAUUUGUCCUAAAAUUCUUGAGAAGUAUAGAUUUGUGAUUACACAAUAGUAUAGGUUAUAAGUUAUUCGCAGUUUCAGAUGGACAUGGUCUGAAUGGCCAUCAUGUGUCUAAUUUUAUUAAAUAAACUCUCCCUAAGCAUUUGCACAAGUAUUUGGGAGAUAAUCAAGGAGAAACUAAAUUGUAAAUAGCUCGAGCGUUUACAAUUACAAAUAGAGAAAUUUGGAACUCAGAUACAGACACAAAUCUUUCUGGUUCUACGACGGCAUCAGUUCUAAUCACAAAAGAUAUUGUAAUACAAUAAUUUGACACUAUCUUUUUUUAGAUCUACACAGCAAACGUUGGUGAUUCAAGAGCAAUCCUAUGUAAGUUCGAUUAAGUUUGGUAAAUCGUACCAUUAACAAGAGAUCAUAAGCCUGAUGAUCCUGAAGAAAUAAAGAAUAUAAUAGAUGCUGGAGGUCGAGUUGAAUAAUAGAGAGGUAUAAAUUAACUUAAAGGAUUUAGAUUAUCACGGGAAUCCCAUAGGACCUUUCAGAGUUUGGUUGCAAUACAUACAAGCCCCGGGUUUGGCAAUGUCGAGGUCCUUUGGAGAUAAGGUGGGAGCUUAGGCAGGUGUAACAGCCAUUCCAGAAAUAAAGGAGUUUGCUUUGACUAAUCAUGACCAAUUUAUAAUUGUGGCUUCUGACGGAGUUUGGGAAUACAUGAGCAAUGAAGAGGUAUUUAGUUUAGCAAUUAGGUGAUGAGUUUAGUGAUUCCAUACUUUGAGAAGGAUAACCCAGAACAUGCUGCGGAGAAAGUUGUGAGUGAAGCUAUCUAAGCAUGGAGAAGAGUAAGAAUGUAGACUUAAUUUUAGAAUAGUUUGGCAAGAGACGAUAUAACUUGCAUUAUAAUCUUUCUAUGA